AUGGUAUUGUACAUGAGGGAUGCUGUACCUUUGGCACAAAAGAAUGGUUGCUUUCAGAUCUGUGCAGCUGAUGAUCCAAUGGCAAUUGCAUGCGAAGAAAGAGCUGCAUAUGUGUCCGACCUCUAUGGAUAUCUACAUGAAGUUUUUGAUCCGAUUAGAGAUCGGAUGCGUCUUCUGCCUUCUCCUCCCUUUAAUUCAUGCAUAUAUUUCUCUUUGAGUGCAGAAACUUCCACCGACAUCACCUCCCUCCAGCGGCCAGCCAGUGUCGGCCGACCAUUAGAUCAAGUCGCGAAGGAAGAUGUAUCUUUCGUUCGUGUGAACGACACCACCACGUUCCACCACCCUGACCCUCUUUUAAAGGCAGAGCGUGAUGGCCGGGAAAGCGAAGGAAAGAAAAACUGUGGUCGUCCAAGUUUUCUAGUUCUCACUCUUCCUCCCUCGGUGGAGUUACUAUUAGCAGUCACCGGGGACCUAAAACCCACCACCCCGCCACCACCUCCUCUCCUCCUUCUCCUCCACCGGCGCCGGUGCUGGCGCUGCCUUCUUCCCUCUUCGUUUUCUGUUCCCUUCUUCCUUUCUCCAAACCCCCAAAACCCCCAGUCGAAACUAAUCCCUUUGGAACCUAUAACCCAUCUAGAAAUUCAUCCUCUCCUUUUUGGAGUUAGGUUUGCUUCUGUUGGGGAGAUUUUCCAAGGAAAGAUGAGGCUGCCUAAUCUUGGUUCUAUACUCACAGAUAGUGGAGACAAGAGAGCAUAUUUUUGCAGCUUUCUUCUUUUGGGUGCUGUCCUUGGUUUAGCCCACCUUGUUGGGACUCCCUUUUUUGUUAGUAACAAACAUGUAGCAAAGGCAUCUAAGAGCUUGUUGGCCAUGGCAGUUGGAAUAAAACAAAAAACAGUUGUGGAUCAAAUUGUUGAGAAGUUUUUCUCCAACAAUUUCACUAUAAUGCUUUUCCAUUAUGAUGAUGUGGUGGAUGAGUGGAGAGACUUACAAUGGAGUGAUAGUGCCUUACAUGUAUCUAAACCAUGUUUAAUAUCAUAUUACAUGGAAGAUGGUUUGCCAAGCUUUUCUUAUAUCCAGAUGUAGUUGCUGAGUACAAUUAUAUAUUCCUUUGGGACGAAGAUCUUGGAGUAGAGCAUUUUCAUCCUGGACGCUAUUAAAGAAGCAUAUUUGACUUCUACGGUUAUAUAUCAAUGACUGAGAGGGAAGGGUUAGAGAUAUCACAACCUACAUUGGAUGUUGCUAAAUCAGAGGUGCAUCAUCAAAUCAUUGCACGUGGGAGGAAAGGAGAUGUGUACAGUCAUUUUACUAAUGCCUAAUGCUCAUUGGAAUACACAAUGGAUUCAUGGACAACACAACACCAUUCUUUUCCCUUUCGUAUCUCAACCUCCAAGUCUAGAUGUCUCGGUGUCCUGAAAAUGAGUUGCUGUUAGAUAUCCUGGACAUCAUUGGAAGCAAAGGAGGAAUUUGCAGUUGAAAUCCCUGCAGUCUCAGUUGAUUGGAGUAGAUGGGGUUUGUUAUUAUGUAUUGUUGGUUUUCUUAAGUUUCAUCUACUGCUUAACAGGCUUCAAAUUGGAUCGUGGGAGGUCUUUCAGUGCUUCAGGAUCCAAAAUAUCUUUCAGUUCUUUCUAACUGUUAGUGUUCCUUGUAUGUCUAUUUAUUGAAAAGAGUGGCAAGGCACUGUUAGCUUUUACCCCUCUAAUAUUUUUGUAACUUCAUAUUCAUCCCUCUUAUUUGUUGUUUGUGUAGGGAGGCAGAUCGCCUGCCACCUCUCACUCUUCUUUAUGCCUUGUUUUGGAGUUAUAUUUUGGUGGAUCAUAUCUCUAUCUGUAAUUUUGAGAUCUUGUAUUAUCUUUAUUUUAAUCGAGCUUUGUUACUCUUUCUACCAAAAAAAAA